UUGCGGCGACUGGCGUGUCACGGGACCAAGAUCAAGAUACGUUUGGCGGCAAAAGAUGGAGGUGUUAUCAUUCCCUUCCAUCCCUUCCUUGUUUACAUUACCCUGACCGCACCCUGCAUCCCUCCCUUUCCUCCCCGGACCCCCUGCAUCUCACCCCCGCACCCUGGGGACUCACGCGACUCGCCUGGGGGCUCAAAUAUAGAACACCAAAAGAAAAGAUGCUAAGGGAGAAAAAUUAAUUUAGAGAUACCAGAAAAAGGAAGAAAACUAAAUAGAAGGGAAAAAGUGAAUGCCAAAAAGUGUGAAAAAUUAAGAAAAUAGAGAGAAAAUUAAGAAAAAGGAAAGUAAAUGUCAACAAUACUGAGAUAAAAAUUGGAAAAUGGAAAGAGGACAGUGAAUGCUCAAAAUUUUGUGAAAAGAACAGGAAAGAAAGAAAAAGUGAAUAGAAACAAGAAAGUAAAUGUUAUAACACUGUAAACCAAAAAAAAGAGAAACAAAGAAGAGAAUAAUGAAAAAAUGAAAAGUUAAAUAGAAACAAAAAAUAAAUGGCCAAAACAAUAUAGAAAACUAUAACACUAAAACAAAAACAAGAGACAAAGAAUAAAGAAAUUAACAAAAAAAAAAAAAUGAACUAAAUAGAAACAAGAAAAAUAAAUGACCAAAACAUUACAAAGAUAAAAGAGAGGGAGUGAAGAAACCAGUGAGGAUGCGGAUCAGCUGUGAGGUUCUGGUGAGCAACAGGCGGCUCCCCACCCUGGGCAUUGCCAACAGCAGGAGGCGGAGCUGCCAGGCAUCCCUCGGUAUUGGGCGCAACUCAGGAGGCUCAGCUGAUGCAUCCAGUCUGUUCGUGCUGCUGUGUACUGCCCAGAACAAGCAGGGCAGCAGGUACAAGGUGGCAGGGAACAUCGAGGCGGUGUUUACCAAGUUUAUCAGCGAGGGGAAGUUCACCAUUCGCUUUAAGGAGCCGGAGGAGGACCUGUGUGUGAAGGCUGAUCCCGUGCUGGCCAAGAGCUUCCUGCAGACCUUGAAGGCCGGACUGACCAAUCGCAAUGUGGACAAGCUGCCCCUCUCCAGCCUGGGUCCGGCCAAGGCAAGUCAGCUGGAGAGGCCCAAGACCCGACUAGUGGUGACCAAGCGCUCCGACUACCCCCUCACUGCUGGCUUCCCAUACUCCCUGGAGGAACUCAAGAUCAACAAGGUGAAGCUACAGAGAAUUGAAAACCGCAUCCUGAAGCUGCCGCGCCUGCACACCCUGGACAUGAGCAUGAACGAGCUGCCCGCCGUGCCCCGCGACCUGGGCAAGAUGGCUGCCCUCGCCCACUUGGACCUGCGGGAGAACCAAUUAACCUUCGUUCCUGCUGAGGUGUUUGCUGGAAGCCUCAGGAAGACUCUUAUUUCACUAGAUUUGGCGCAGAAUUUGCUACAGUACGUGCCCCACACUAUCAGCAGCCUGGAGAACCUGCUGACCCUGCGCCUCGACUCCAACCAACUCAUCAAGCUGCCUCUCUCCCUUGGCAAGCUUAUCAACCUCAGGUGUCUAUCAGUGAGCGGCAACAAGCUGGUGGAGCUGCCAGCCUCUGUGCGUCGCCUCAGACUCAGCAUGCUGGAGGUGUGUGAGAACCCCUUCAGCACCCCCUGGGCAUCGUGAGGGACAGACUCGCCACCAGGGAUCCCCCAUGUCUCAGGGAGGUGGCCGCCCGCUCCUGUGUCAAGAGGGGCCUCAAGCCCACAGCCUCAGAGAUCCCGGCUACCCUGGUGCAGUACUUAGAGAGCUACCUACACUGCAUCUGUGGGCGGCCGUGCUUUGAGUCCCACAUCUUGGCCUGCAUUCCCCUGAACCUUGAGCGCCUGUCCACCUCCAUUGUAGUAAAGCAGGUCAUUAGAUCCACUGUGCCUGCCAUGGCCACUCUCUGCUCUCACCGCUGCUGGGAGAUGUCCAGAAAGAGGUGAUGGCUUUGGGAAGGAGGAGGAGGAGGAGGAGGAGGAGGAGGAGGAGGAGGAGGAGGAGGAGGGAGAGUGGUAGUUAUAGUCAUAGCAAGUAAAGAGAAGUAUUUGCCAUAGAAUUUAGAGGAAAUGGGAAAGAGAUGGUGAUCGAGGAGGGGGAUAAGAAGAAGAGGAAGAAAAGAAGGUGGAGAGAAAGAGAGAGAGAUGGUGAUAGAGGAAGAGGAUAAGAAGAGGAAAAUGAGGAGGAGUAGAGAACUAGGAGAUGAAAGGUGUGGUGAUGAAGGACAGGGAUAAGAAGUAGAGAAAAAUGAGGAGGUAGAGAGAGGUAAUGAUGGAGGAGGAAGAGGAAGGACAAUAGUAGAAGAUAGAGAAGAAUGAGAAAGAGGUGACAGAGAGAGAUGGAGAGAAAUAGGAGAGUAGUAGGAUAAGGAAGAGGAGAGAGGUGAUGUUAAUGGAGGAAGAAGGAGAGGGAAGGAAGAGGAGGUGGUGGAGGAAGGAAAAAUUGUAGUAGUAGUAGUUGUAAUAGUAUAUCUCCUAUUAUCAUUAUAUUUAUUUU